CGGACUUUGUGUUCUGCGCGGUGUUUCAAAUCAUUACUCUCUUUAGGUCAACAUGAAGCUCACGCUGUUGUCCUUGUAUAUGAUUUUUGUUGUUCCAUCCAUCCUCGCUCAGACUAUGAGUGGUACAAGCUGUGUGUGUGAUCUGAAGGACUCUGAGCCACCAUUUCCCAUGGAGAAGCUGCAGAAUGUUGAAAAGGCUGCCACCAAAUGUACUGAGAGUAUCACUUCAAAGCAGAUGUUGGAGGUGGACGCUCUAUUGCUGGGACUGAAUCGUCGGCUCAGCCAGCUGGAGCAGCAAGUGGGGGUGUUGGAACGUGAAGAUGAUGGUGACCUGUAUGGUGCUGUUUCUCUCCGCAUCAUCGAAAUUGAGCUUGCAGAGAUCUUGCAGCUUGUCAAAAAGCUAAACAACACCACCCUUCAUCACCAGAGUCUAAGCUCCAACACUCUCAAAGAGCUGCAAGCAAUGACAGCGGAGAUGGAAGAGCUGGAGAAGUUUGAUCACACACGUGUGGUGAGCAAACAGCGGGAGAACCAGCGUCUUAAAAGGGAACUGACAGAGUGCAGGGAUGAAUUGCAGGCAACACCCCUUCCCCCUACACCUGAACCAGGUCACUGUCCUCAGGGUCAUUUGGUGAAUGUGACAGGACCCAAAACCAACACAGGCACCGAGUAUGGAACAUCCUACUCUUAUGGUGCAUGGGGUCAGGAUGCAAAUCCACCUGCAGGGAAAGAGAACUGGUUCUGGCUAGUGGCACUCACCAGCAGUAACGUGUAUGCCAACUACAUCCGUGAGUACAGCAGUCUGAGUUCUCUGAUUGCUGCCGUGAAGGUUGGAGACGUGGUCAUCGCCUCUGCCAACCCCACCACCAACACCAUCCAGGGACCCAACGUGGUCAUGUACGGUGACGCGCUUUAUUAUGGAUGCUACAACUCACACUCCAUCUGUCGCUUCAACAUGACCCAGCGUGCUGUCACCACUGUUUCCCUGCCCAAAGAUUCAGGGUUUAAUAACAAAUUCCCUUUCUGCCAUCUACAAGCGUGCUAUGUCUACACUGACUUGGACCUGGCCACUGAUGAGUCCGGCGUCUGGGUUACGUACACCUCACCAGACAGCUUUGGCAAUGUGAUCAUCCGCAAGGUAGAGGCCGGGAGCCCUCCGGCCCUGGGCCGCACAUGGAACACCUCUUUGCACAAGCGCACGGCCACCAACACCUUCAUGGCAUGUGGAGUUCUCUAUGCCACACGAUACCUGGACAAAGAAACAGAGGAGAUCUUCUACUCCUUUGACACAGUGACUGGCCAGGAGCGCUAUGACCUGCACAUUCACAUCAAAAAACCGUACACCAACAUCCAGUCCCUCAACUACAGCCCUCGAGAUCGAAUGCUGUAUGUCUACAGUGACGCGUACCUCCUCACGUACAAUGUCAUAUUUGAAUAAGUCACUGUGCCAAUCACAAAUUCAAGGCUAUUUUUGCCUCUUGCAUGUGUGAGAGAUUUAAAAU